GAAAACUGCUAUUUGCAGAGCAUUCCUUCGCGGCAAAUGUGUGGAGAGCGGCGACUGCAACUUCGCUCAUGGUGAGGAUGAGCUCCGGGUCAGCCCCAACGUUUACAAGACGCAGCUAUGCAACUUCUUUGCCCGCGGCCAUUGCAAAAAAGGUGACCGUUGCCGCCAUGCCCACGGAUGGAAAGAGCUACGAAAUCAGGAGUCUGAGAAAUCUCCCACAUCAUCUUUUUUUCAGGCACCUCCAGGUCUGCCUCCGAGUGACCCGAGUCCGAGCGUCGCGAGCCUGGACGCGGUGCUGGAUGCGGACGCCCAGACGGGGACGGUACCGCUACCACUGUUGCCGGUGACGCCGAAGAAGGUUGUAAGGGCCAGAUCAACGCAAUCAACUCCUUUGCCUUUGUCACCACCAAGUUCGCCAAUGAAGGUGAGCAUGUCAGGAGACGUGGCUGGCUCGCUGUGUCCAGGUCUUUCCAAAGGGCGAAAGACGUCCGAGUCGUCUCGGCUCGAUCUACACCCGACAUAUUCGACAUUCCAAGCUACUCUGGCAGCCUCACAACAGGCGCUGGUUAAAGAGUUGAUGCGAAGGAGAGAUUUCGGCGUGUUUGGCACGUGCACGUCGACAAAGACGUGGAUCUUGUAGGGGAGGACAAGAUGGCAAACAAUGAAUGGGGUGCGAGUUCUUGCGGUGAGUUCGCUAGUUUUUUGACGUGGACAAUGUGCACACGUGAA